GCUUACGUGCCCGUUCCUCCUCUUGUGGCAUGGGGUGAGUUGCUUCUACGUGCCAGGAGUGGCUCCCAUCAAUUUUCACCGGAAUGCUCCUGUAGAAAUCAAGGCUGUGAAACUCACCAGUUCGCGCACGCAGUUACCUUAUGAAUAUUACUCCUUGCCCUUCUGUCGGCCGGUCAAGAUCAAAUAUAAAGCCGAAAAUUUAGGUGAGGUCCUGAGAGGGGACCGCAUUGUCAACACACCUUUCCAGGUUUCCAUGAAUGUGGAGAAGAAGUGCGAGGUGUUGUGUGACGUCCCGAACAAGCCCGUUGUGUUGACGAAGGAGAAAAGCCAGCUGGUGGUGGAAAGGAUCCAGGAGGAAUACUAUGUACACCUGAUUGCUGACAACUUGCCGGUGGCGACGAGGCUGGAGUUCUACUCGAACCGUGAGGAGGAGGAGAAGAACAAGGAACGGGACCUUCAGUUCGAACACGGCUACCGACUUGGGUUCAUGGAGAAGAACAGGUUCUUCCUGCACAACCACCUUUCCUUCAUCCUGUACUACCACCAAGAGGAGGUGGAGGUGAACCAGGAGCCCACCUACCGGGUGGUUCGCUUCGAGGUCAUCCCGCAAAGCAUUGCGCUGGCAGACAUGAAGGUGGAUGAGAAGGGAGUUUGUGUCCUGCCCGAAGCUGCCAGCGCCUCCGCUCAAGAAAUCGACCCCACUAAGCCCAAUGAGUUAUUUUUUACUUAUUCUGUGCACUGGGAGGAGAGCGACGUGAAAUGGGCCUCCCGUUGGGACACCUACCUCACCAUGAGCGAUGUGCAAAUACAUUGGUUUUCCAUCGUCAAUUCCGUCGUGGUGGUUUUCUUCCUUUCAGGUGAGCCCUCCCUUCCUAGGAUCCUCAUGGCUGGAAUUCUGCCUUUUGGCGCCAUGUUUAUUGAACUUUUCUUCAUUUUCAGCGCCAUCUGGGAGAAUCAAUUCUACUACCUCUUCGGCUUCUUAUUCCUGGUGUUUAUCAUCCUGGUGGUCUCCUGUUCCCAGAUCAGCAUCGUCAUGGUGUACUUCCAGCUCUGCGCUGAGGAUUAUCGGUGGUGGUGGAGGACGUUCCUCGUGUCUGGAGGAUCUGCCUUCUACGUGCUCAUCUACGCAAUCUUCUACUUCGUGAAUAAGCUGGACAUCGUGGAAUUCAUCCCCUCGUUGUUGUAUUUCGGCUACACCGCCCUCAUGGUUCUUUCCUUCUGGCUCCUGACGGGGACAAUCGGCUUCUAUGCAGCCUACAUGUUUGUCCGCAAAAUUUACGCCGCGGUGAAAAUAGACUGAAGGCGCCGGCACCGUCGGACGGCGCGCGGAUCCACCGCCAGGCUUUGGUUUCCUCCGAGGAAGGAAUCUGGGAAACGGUUUUGUUUUUGUUUGUUUUUUCCUGUUUCUCCCAAGGAAAGAGAGAAAAAAAAUAUAUAUAUAUAUUUUGGGGUCAGGACACAGGAAAUUCAAACCAUCCAACCCACCAAGUUCAACUCUUGGAAUGUAAUUUUCUUUCGGCACAAUAUCCGUGGAAUCGGGGAAUUUCCCGGAGGGAAAGGUGUAUAGAUUCUUUACCUUUUAAUUCUACACUAUUCUGGAUUGAAGGGGUUUUUUUUUAAUUAAAAAAAAAAUAUGCCAGUCCGUCUCUUACAGGGAAUAUUCCUCUGUCUACUUUUCGGACCAUCGCGCCGCUCACGAUGGCCAACGGACGCUCUGCCAUUCAGGAGGAGGAGAUUUCCACUAAGCAGGCGUUUGCGGUGCCAGGAGGCGGACGGAAACUGGUUUGCUGGCGUUUUCUUGGAUUAACCUGGUUCCAACCACUCUUUGAUCCAGGGCUGCAGGCUACAGUGCUCAUGUCCGAGCGAGAGAAGUGCAAUUUUGACAGAAGAGGCUUUCAAAUGGGAUCAUCUCCUCCUCUGCCCGUCUCGGGACUCUCUUGGUGCUCAAAAGUUGUGCCGAAACGGCGGACGGCACCUCAGCUUUUUAACAGGAGGAACGAUAAGGGAUGUGGGACUGUGGCUCUUGAACCAGGUCAAGCACAUCGGAGGACGCAGCUCUGGGCAGACAUUUUUUUUUUGUUCCUACCCAAAACUUCUGGAUGAGCC